AGCCGGUACAACAUGAAGAAAAGCACCGACCGCCCACUGCUUGCCUUAUCCCAUCGCCACUCCUCUCCUUCUCUUAUCCAGAUCGCCAUCCCAGCGUGGUCCUCUUCCUCUUCUCCAUCCAACCCAGCCAGAAGCUUGAUCUGGCCGUUCGCCCCAGUCGCCGGUCCCGUGGGUCAGCAGCCUCGCCUCCACCCGAUUCAGUCGCGUCCUCCUUCCCAAGGCUUUCUCCGAUCUGCCAACCCACCACCCCACCAUGCCUCGCUCUCUCUGCCCCCUCCUUCCCCACGCAGCGCCGAUGGGGCAGGGCCUCCGCGGCCGCCGGCGCCCUCUGCGACUCCUCUUCUCCAUGAUUCGCCCGCUAUUACUCCUCUCCUCCACGAUUCGUGGUGAUGUUGGGGUGGCAUCUUCUUCGAGCGGGAGGUGUGCCUCGUCCUCGCACAUGCCCGGCCGCGCCAUCGGAGCCCCCCGCAGUGUAGAGGCAGUGCUCCGCCACCCGAUGCUGUUCUUCGCGUCGUCCUGCGCUCCCAAAGCUGGGAACCGGCUCCCCGCCUCCAAGUUCUCGGCAUCGACGUCCCGUGCUGCCUGCAUCCUCGCCAAGCCCGACUCGCAGCCGUGUAGCCCGAGCUCGCCAAGGCGCUUCAACUCCGCCGCCGCGCCAUCUUCUUCAGGCGCUCGAGCACGAGCACAAGCUCGCCCGCGCCCCACCUCUCUCUGCCGCUCCGUCCGCCGCCCGCGGUGCCGUGACCCGCCACUGCCGUGCCCUGCAUCACUCUGUAGCCGCGCCGCCUGGGUCAAUGCGGUCAGUGCUCUCAAGCCGUUGACCCCGCGCCAGGGGACGACUAUUUCCUCCCAUGCGUGCGCGCCCGUGCUCCAGCCCUCCCCUCCCCAUGCUGCCCGGCACACUCGCGCCGCGGGGCCGUAUCCAGCCUGUGCCUGGACGACGGAAGCCCCCCCACUGUCUGUGCGCUCCGGCCAGCUCCCUGUCGCGCUCGAGACCUCCUCGAGUCUUCCCGCCGAGGCCUUCCCGGUGACCAGCCUUUGACUUGGGUCUCCUGUCCGCCUCGGCGCGGACGCCCGCCAUGACGCCGGCGGCAAGCGGCGGCGCGUGCCCGGCGAUGGAGAACGGCAGGAUAAGCGGUGAGAGGCGUGGUGGUGAGCCAGUCCAAUAAGAGAUAAGGGUUGCGGGCAUAGUUUCUAACAAAUUUAGGGGGUUUUACGCAAAAACGAAACGUUUUUCCAAAGUGCCACUUAAACAGGGACUGCGGGUUAAUUUCAAAGAAACAGAGGGGCUUUUUCGCAAAAACGCCGACGACGUACGACCAGAAGCACUCCGUGCUUUAUUAGUAGGGAAAGAUAUAUAUCUAAUUGGAUGUAGGGGAGCAUGAAUUAUUAUUGUUGACAUUACCCUUGAGGUAAAGGUUGUGGGGCAAAACUAUAAGCCCCUAUCUUUCUCUGUGUCCAAUCAAAACUCCGUAACAACAAGUAUCGCGUGAGUGUUAGCAAUUAUGAAGGACUAAGUGAUAGUUGAGUA